AUGAUUUCCGACAGUUCGGUAGACAAAGACACUCCCCGUCCGUCUCGACAGAGACCUGGUUCGGCCUGCGACGAAUGUCGACGACGAAAACUGCGAUGCGACAGAGGACAGCCCAAGUGCGAGGUCUGCGCCCUGUCGGGUGUUGUAUGCAACUUCAACUCAUCCCGGCCACCACGAGGCCCAAAGAGAGGCCAGAUUAGAGCAAUGCAGAGUAGAAUCGCAACGCUGGAACGGCAUAUACUCGAACAACAGAGUGGAUUGUUACUUCCCGCCGAUGAACUGCCGGUGACGCAACUAAGCAACGAGGACAAGGAUCCCCAGAUCCCAGGUAACCCUGAACCACAAUAUCGGGAUCGAGAAGGAGAAUGGGGAACGCCGGAUUGGGCGGGUGGUUGCAUCCCUGACUUAAUCCGCGCUGAGCUGGAUCAACUCUAUUUCGACCGAGUGCAUGUUUCCAUUCCUAUCCUCCAUCAACGACGAUACUUUUGCAUGGUCAAACAAGCCACCAGACCCGAAGGGUUUUCCUGUUUGCAAUAUGCGAUGUGGACUUUGGCCGCGUCGUUGUCCGCCCAGUUCCAUCAACUGCAGUGGUUGUUAUAUAAAUAUACAGUCGAGAAGUUGGAGGCCAUCGAGCGGGAUAGUGGGGGGCAUGAUUGCGCAAGUAUCCAGCAAGCCCAGGCGUGGAUUCUGCUGGCAGUCUAUGAAUGUAUUCAGAUGAAUCACCAACGUGGCUGGAUCAGUGCUGGUCGCUCGUUCCGGCUAGUGCAGUUCUUGAGGUUGUAUGAGAUUGACUCGCCAGAAAGCCUCGGCAGUUCAGCGGAUUGGAUUGAAAUGGAGGAGAAGAGAAGGACAUUUUGGAUGGCAUAUUGUUUGGACCGGUUCACAAGUUUUCAAAAUGGGUUUCCGUUAACUCUAAACGAGCAGGUGAUAUCAACGCGUGUUCCUGCACCGGAAUUGGACUUUCAGAGUGGUCAACCAGUAUCCAUGGGCUUUCUAUCCCAAGUCAUGGCCUCCACAGAUCAGCCCAGUCUGUCCAGCUUCGCCGAAUGUAUUAUUAUGGCCACUAUUUGUGGACGUUGUCUAUGCCACCGCCAACAAUCGAGUGUCGAACGUAUCUAUGGCGAUAUGUCACUAGAAUUUUGGGACCGACAUUUAUGGCUCGACACUAUUCUCCAGCAGCGAAUUCAGGUGCUCAGCCUGCAGUAUCCAUCGACAUCCGAACAUGUGGAUUCUCUAAUUCUCUUCACGAAUCUGAUGUUGCAGGCUAUAGUGUUAUAUCUUUAUAAGAUUGUCGUCUCGGUGCCUUGGGACACAGAUGAAUCCGAAGCUCUUAUUCUGGAAUAUAAAAAUAGAUCAUCAGCAGCGGCACAGGGGAUUAUCACAUUUACUAAACCAUUACGACAACUUACUUAUUUCAAGAUCUGCCCAUUCACUGCCAUUCCACUCUUCCUCUGUGCCGAGUACUUCCUUACAAAUAGAGAAGGCGAUGUAGCACUUGAUUCAGACUUUCAGGAUAUUCUCGAUGUGCUGCGGGAUCUGAAGAAUGUAAACAAUCUCGCUCAGAUGUAUUUGGCUUUGUUUGACUUAGAUUGUGUGCCUCCCACGCCUUCCAGCAGCUAA